AAACUGAGGAAGGGGGUGGAGGGCGCCCUCUGCAACCCCCUGCUCCGCCACUUCCGUGAAAAAUCCCACCCCUUGAUCUCCCAGGGCUGAAGGAUUCGGGGCGUCGCUGGGCAUCACUCUCCGGAGACACACAUGCAGGAAGCAGAUUGCCUUGCCACCAGCAGAGUGACAUCCGCUAUUGCUGCCUCUCUACUCCCCCCACUGUUCCUCAGGACUUCUGUGGACCAGAACCCUUCCCGCCCCCAGCCCACCAUGGCCCCUCCAGGCGGCAUCCUGUUCCUGCUUUUGCUCCCAGUGGCUGCAGCGCAGGUGACCUCAGGUUCCUGUUCCGGAUGUGGGCCCCUCUCCCUGCCACUCCUAGCAGGCCUCGUGGCCGCUGAUGCAGUUGUGUCACUGUUAAUCGUGGUGGGGGUAUUUGUGUGCGGACGCCCACGCAGCAGGCCCACCCAAGAAGACGGCAAAAUCUACAUCAACAUGCCGGGCAGGGGCUGACCCCGCUAUAAGCCGUUACCUGCAACCUUUGACUCCUGACCCUCCCAUCCCUGAUUGUGUGUGGCGGCACAGGAAACUGGCCCCUCUUGGGGAUUGGAAUAAAGUCUUUGAAAUACC